AUGUCACAGCCCGGGACUGUCUCCGGGGACACAGGGCUGCCUGUCUGGGCGAUCACCGGCUCCCAGGCGUGGGGGGGCAGUGAGGGGCAGGAGCCUCCGUUUGCACCGGAGUGGCUGCCGGAGAAGCAGCUGGCCACCCUGUCCCUGAACCCCGCGGAGGAAGAGGAUGUUGACCUUGGAGAUGCCCCCAAAGAGAUGCCCCCCACUCCUGCCCCCGCCGACCCGCAGCAGCCCCUCCCGGGGCAGAAUCCGGUGAGUGACAGCGGCUGCCGGGAGCACGGAGGAGAACUGAGCUGGUUCUGCUGCCAGGAGCUCCGGCUGAUUUGCCCCGAGUGCCGGACCCGGGGCAGCUGCCAGUCCCACAGGACCAAGCCGGCGGAGGAGAGAGCCGCCCAGCUCAGGAAUAAGAUCGUGGAUCAGUGUGAGAAGCUGCAGCUCCAGACGGCUGGCAUCGAGAAGUAUCUCGCCGAGGCUCUGCCAGCCAAGAUCCCGCGAGUGGCGAGCACAGCCAGAGCGGCCAGAGAGCUCGUCAUCCAAAGACUGAUCUUCAUCCGGAACGUGUGUGAGAAUGAGGAGCAGAGGCUCCUGGAAGAGGUUCACGCCGAGGAGGAGCGAGCCCAGCAAGGAAUCCUCACUCAGCGAGCCCACUGGACGGAGUCCGCGCGGAAACUCUCCAGCAUCCGGACGUACCUGGUGGACAUGCUGACCAAGCUGGACGACGUUAGCCUUAUCAAUUCCGCGAAUGAGAUGGAGGAGAGGACGGAGGAAGCGGAAGGAAUUCUGGAGCCUCAGGAGUCGGAGAAGUUAAACUUUAACCCGGGUUGUGUUCAGAGUCCAUUACUGAACAGGCUGUGGGCUUCCUCCGUGCUGUGCUGCACCACCGUUUGCGAAGAGCUCACGCUCGACGAGAAGACCAUCAGUCCUCUGCUGCUGCUGUCGGAAGGCAACGUCUUGACAUUUCUGCAGAAAAAGGCCAAGAGCUACCCAGACGGGCCCGAGCGCUUCAACCACUGGCCCAACUGCUUUGCCGCCAAUUCCUUCCAGAGCGGAAUCCACGCUUGGAAAGUCAACGUGGAGAGCAGCUGCGCCUACAAGCUGGGGGUUGCUUACGGGUCCCUGGCGCGCAAGGGGUCCGGGAACGAUGCCAGGCUGGGUUAUAACGCAGCCUCCUGGGUCUUUUCCCGCUAUGACAAAGACUUCCGCUUCUCGCACGAUUCCCGGCACGACUCCGUGGAGCUGCUCAGGGGCCCCAAACACGUCGGCGUGCUGCUGGAUCUGGACGGGGGGGAACUGAUCUUUUUUGACCCCGGCUCGUGCGUCGUUCUCUAUUCCCAUCGCGUAAAGUUUGCGGCCCCGGUUUUCCCCGUGUUCGCGGUGGCUGACGACAGCAUCCGCCUCGUGAAGUGAACCAAUCACAGAC